AUGGCCGUCAUUGGAGAACGCCGCGCCAAGUUCUCCGCGGCGGGGCUUCUCCCCCUGCUCGUCCUCGCAUUGCUGCUGCAGGCGCCCUCCGCGUCCGCCCGCCACUGGUUCUGGAACGACGCCCUUUUCCCCGUCGCCAGCACAGCCGAAACGGAACCCGGCGCCGCGUUCACCGCCGCGGGGGCUACCGCGCCGCCUCAAGCAGUCCCAACGCUAGCCCCGGCUUCGCCGACGACAGCCCCGCCGGCGCCGACGGCAGCUUCGCCGGCGCCUGCGCCGGCGCCGGCUCCUGCGGUGAAGUCGUGUUACGACGCCGUCCCUGUGGACCGUUUCGUCGCGUCCGGAGCCGCGCCCGACCCGUGUGCUGCGCUGUCGGCGGAGCUGAAGCGCACUGCCGUGAAAUUGGGGGGCAUGGCCAAGACUGGAGGGAAAGGAUUCGCUUCUCCUUCUCUCUUCAGCGCCUGCCACUCCACGUUCCUGUUCAGGAAGGACUGCGACGUGGCGGACCUGCUGUCAAUCGCGAACGCGUUCGACAAUCACUACGUGUACAAGCACAUCGCCGUCGACUCGCCGGACCAGACGAACCUCCCGAGCAGCAUCGAUAUUGUCGCGGAUCUGAGAGAGAUCCUCACGAACGCCACCGCGGGGAAGUACCCGCGGCUGGUGGACGCGCACAUGGCGGCGUACCGGGCGGUGUGGGCGCUCAACGACGGGCAUAGCUUUUUCAUGCCGCAAUGCUUCAUGGGUACUUUCGACUUGCCGUUGCCGCUCUUGGCUGUCGUCGAAAACGGGCAGCAGAUCAUUCGCGUUGCGCCGCGCCGAUAUGUCACUCCCGAGGGCAUGGACCAUGUUGCGAAGGUUGUGCACAAUUUUGAUUUCGGCCUUUACGAAGGCCGACAGGUUGUGGCUAUAAACGGGGUCAAAGCGGAAACAUUCAUCCUGAAUUGGGCAGACAAGGAAAUGGGCAUGUUUCGCAAUCGCGCUUCGCGAUUCACGAAAGCUUUCGCGAGGAAUGAAGCGGCAGGAACAGGAACGGUGAAAGGGACGAGUAUCGUUCAGGUGCCAGGCGAAUUCGCCCGGCGACUCUAUGCUCCCGAAGAUGACACCUUACUGGUGUCAUUCGCAACAGCGGAUGGAAGCUCGACGGAAGACGUAAAGGUGCCAUGGAUCGGGACAUUUGCGCUUUCCGUCUUUGCAAAUGCCACGGGGUACUGGAAGGCAUACUGUGCCGUGAAGGACCCAUCAGUUGCUGGCGGCAACAGCGCGCAGCCAGGCGCGCAGACAAGCUCAGUCGGUCGUGCGGACAUUCCGGUGAUGGACAGGUUUCUCGAACGCCGUCCCGCUCCAGUCUACUACCACGACGAUACGAGCGAUGGCAGUGGCGAUCACCUGAAUGUCGAGAUUGCGUCGCUUUCUGCUGCAGCAGCGGGACCGACCGUAAAGAGGAUUUCACCAACGACUGAUGAUUUUCUGGUAUACCUGGUGGGCGGCACCACGGCUGUGGUCUGGAUUCACCAGUUCAGUCCCAGCGGCGAGGUGACGAAGGCGUUGGAGGCGAAGAAGAUCAAUGAGGAGCAGUAUAUGAUUACGGAGGUCACUAAGGCUUUUAAUACCGCAGCAGCAUCCGGCGCCUCUCAAGUCAUCCUAGACGUGCGGGGCAACGGUGGCGGCUCCGUUCUUGCCGCAUACACAGCCAUCCGUCUCCUCAUGGGGGCAGCCAAGGUCCCCGACUCUGCCUUCGCCAUGCCGAUGGAUUUCAACAUCGGUACCCAGUACACUGAGAAUGCCAUGAGCGCGCUCUCACUCGACCCAUCCAUGCUCUACUGCUUUAAUCCAUAUGUUGACCUCAAUGGCACCGACCUCUCCAGCGUCUUUAGCUACGCUCCUUUCCGCGAGCUCCGCUUCACAAAAGCCGGCCCUGUUGGGAACUACUCGGCGCCGUUUAAGAUGAAUAGCAAGUUUUCAGGGAAGGAGCAGCAGCCGGUGUUUGGCGACCGCCCCUUCCUGGUCCUUUCGGACGGAAACUGCUUUUCAGCCUGCGCAAUCCUCACGCACGUCCUGGGGAAACGCCACAAAGUGCCCAUGGUAACCGUGGGUGGUUUGCCCAACCAGCCCCCUGAUGUGAGCUCCUCGUGCCUCGGGUUUACUAUUCCUGAUAUCUAUGCGAUGGCACCAGGCCUCAGCAAUCUCGCUGCCUUAGUGCCAAAGAUGGCGUCGCUACCUCUCAAGGUGAAAGGGUCGGUUGGCAUGGCGUUUACCAACGGGUAUGUGGAUUCGGAGAUUCCGUGCGAGUUUGAGUUUCUGCCCAGCCAGCAUCACAUUAACUACACCGUUGAUCUCAUUGACAAGCCCUGGGCCAUUUGGAGUGAGGUGGCCAAGCUCUUAGCCUCCCCUGCUGCCUAG